AAGCAAAAGCAUGUUAUGCAUGAAUUCGAGACUUUGAAACAGAAGAAUAAAGAGCUUUCAGAUGGUCAGCAAUCCUUUGAAGAAAAGAUACGAGCUUUAUCUGCUCAGUUAGAAGAAGAGAAAAGUAAGCGUUUAGCAGCAGAAAAAGAGGUCGAUAAAUUAGGUCAAGAGGUCGAAGAUUUAACUGCGUCAUUGUUUGAUGAAGCUAAUAAUAUGGUAUCUGAUGCUAGAAGAGAGAAACAUGAUAUCGAAAUACAAAAUAGCAGGUUACAAGAAACACUAAAAGAAAAGGACACUGUUCUAGAGACAU